UUGUAAUUUUGUUUAGGAAUAAAAAAAUGGAAGUGUUUGCAGCUGCAACCUAUGAUUUAAAUCCAAAAAUCAAUAAUAGUGAAACUUCCCAAGAUAUAAUUCCAUAUUCAUCUGAAAAGGAUCCCUUUAAUUCCGCACGAGUGAGACUUCUGAAAAGACGCAAACCUCUCGAUAAAGCAGACGCGUUACUCGCCGUGAAGCUCGACCCAGCUGUCCUGGAAGCGCAGGUGACAUUGACGAAGCGAGACGAAGAUCCUUGUCAUGAAAGUCCAGCGCUGGUCGCUACAAGGGAAAAAGAUGGGCGAUGCUACCCGAGCUACGAGGAAGUGCUGUCGUUGCAGCAGGCGGCGCUGCUGGGGCUGACGCCGCAGCAACUCGUGCUGCUCAUGGCGUUCGUUGACACACUUCGUCGUCAGCGGCAGCGCUCACAGAAACACAUGGAAUGCGCGUUUUGCAAGAACAACGGCUCCCCGGCAUCUUGGUACGGGUCGCACAUAUUACGCGACCGCAGACGCGUGCGUUGUCCCGUGCUGCGCGCGCUGCGCUGCCCGCGCUGCGGCGCCACCGGCGACAAGGCGCACACGCCUAAAUACUGUCCUGAGAAUCUUUUCUCUGAUUCUUGGAGCUGGCCUUGAAGAGGGCUGUUUUUUAAAUAUCAGGAGCAGGGUUAGGUAGCAUUUUCCCGACAAUAAAUUACAUUUUAAAUACCUACCUGUUCUGUUUUA